AUUGAUUAUUUAAUUUUUAUUUAAUAUAAAUAAAAUAUUGAUAAACAGAAAAAAAUGAAGGCCCACACAAUCUACAUCGUACUAGUCCUCACUCUGUUUGAGGCAGUUGACUUUGUGUCGGCAGACUGUUACAAAAUGUCUGGCUGUCGCAGCCGAAAUACUGGAGUAGAAUAUAAAGAAAAUGAUGUCUUUGCUGAUGUCAACCAGAUCAGGGGAUCGUGUGCACAAUGCACUUGUCAAAAAACAAAACAGUUUGUGGCGUCUUGUAUGGUUGUUACCAUCGUUCCCCUCAAAAGCACCAUAACGAAAGCUAUAUAUUCAAAACGUCGAAUGCUUGCAAACUUUGCAGAAGACAGAGAAAUUGAACUGACAGAAGAUGAAGCAGUGCUAGUUAAAUGUGAACAUGAAACUAUUCCCAAGUUUAACAUAAAAACACAUAUGCCGCAAUUUCAUUUUAUCAACUAUGUCUUUGUUACGUGGGAAUCCUAUUGCUGUACAAAAACGAAAUCUUACGGUGAUGCACACCCAUACUGUAAAGUUACUUUCGAUGAAACGUGUAAACCGAGGGCCGUUUUGAGAGAUAAGCCAAGACGAAGAUGUCCAAUGCCUCUUAGAAAAAUAUUGCGAGGAUGAAUGGUGGCGUCAUGUUACACGCCAUAUCUACCUCAAGAAAAUGAGGAAAGACCCCAAAUAGCGAUAUAUCAGCGCCUUUUUGUUUCAAAAUCAAACAAAGGUGGAUUGAAAGCUGGAAGUUCGGACGCUAUUUUCAGAAAAACUGUAAAAUGAAAAAUUGUGUGAGGCACAAUGUCGGAGAUAUACUUCCAAGAAACUUGCGGAGAACCUCAAAAAUGUCCUACCUAACGUUCGUGCAAAGCACGGCUGUACAUGACUUAAAGAAUACUUAAAGACAAGCGCCUGAAGCUGUUUACACAAUGAUUUGACUGGAAUCGGGUGGAAAUACACGCGCAUGGAUUAUAUCUAUAGACGCUCAUCCAAACUUGUUCAAAGAUAACGUAUCAUGUCCUAGGGAAUAUUAUAAUAGAAACUGCAGAAAAAACAAAAUUAGCUUUUAAGAAAGGGUAUGAAUAAUCAAAAAUAACUAAUCACUGUGAUAAAGCGAAAGAAAAUGACAAGCAUUUGAUGACAAAUCACUAAAUUGUGCAAUCUAGUAUAGGACACUGAUAGAGACCAUCAUUUUCAUCGAUAACCAAUCUAUCAAAUUGGUUUGAGAUAAUUCAAAUAGGUCAAAUUCAAAACUAUAAAAAAAACGCUUAAAUUUGUCUGCCUUCGGACAUAGCCUAAAUAAGAUCUACAAAAGUGUUGAUUGAAACGAUCGCCACUUGUCGUAAAAUUAUCAUCUAUGAUCAUCUAGGUACGACCUACCAUAGCAACAAAAAUUUGAAACCAAUGGUAAAAAGUGUGUAUGAUCUGAUGUAAUGAUAUGACCAGGUAAAUGGCGGGAAAUAUUAGCCGCUGUUACAUGCUUUGCUAUAUACUAUCAUUUUUAUUAUAUUCCACUGCUUCUAAAUAUCAAUUGCUUAUUUUUUCCGUCGCUCUUUUUGCAAAAUUUUGGGUAAAACUCAAAGUUUGGCUCAAGAGUGAUUUUUGUUUCACUGUCAAAAGUACUCAACGAAAUCAAUUAGCUCAAAUAAGGCGAAAUAAAAUUCUCAACAAAUGAUGGCA